AUGUCUGAAGUCGUAGUCGUGGCUGUGAUCACGCCCAAGGAGGGCAAAGCAGACCGAGUCGAAGAGCUUCUCCGCAACCUGGCCGACUACGUCCACAAGAACGAAGAGAACACCCUCAGAUAUCAUCUGCACAAGGAGACGAAGAAAGACACGCCUGAGUUCGUCAUGAUCGAGACGUAUAAGAACUCGGAGGCCUUUGAGGCACACAAAAAGAGCGACUUCUUCGGCGAUCUUGGCAAGAAAUUCGGAGAUGAAAAUCUGUUAGCCAAGCCGCUCUGUAUCCUUGAGCUUGAUCCUAUCGCUGGCUUCGCAGGGCGCUAG